UCUAUUGUCUAAAUUUAGAGCAGGUAUGCCUGGCCACCGCAAGUUUCGUAUAUAAAACAACAGCGCUAGGACUCGAUUGUCUCCCCAGGCUUUAACCGAGUGUCUGCAGGAUCUCAGCCACCGUCACAAUGUCACCCAAAAAGGCCAAGAAGAAGGAGUCAGCCAGCUCCAAUGUGUUCACCAUGUUCGAGCAGUCCCAGAUUCAGGAAUUCAAAGAGGCGUUCACCAUUAUGGACCAGAACAGAGACGGAUUCAUCGACAAGAAUGAUCUCAGAGACACUUUCGCCGCUGUAGGUCGUCUGAACGUAGGGAGCGAUGAGCUCGAUGACAUGCUAAAGGAAGCCCCCGGCGCCAUCAACUUUACAGUGUUCCUUAGCAUGUUUGGGGAGAAGCUCAAAGGUACUGACCCUGAGGAGAACAUUCUGAACGCCUUCAAGAUUUUCGACCCAGAAGGAACUGGUGUACUGAAGGGAGACGAGAUCAAGUACUACCUGAUGUCACAAGCAGAUAAAUUUACCGAAGCUGAGAUAAAUCAGAUGUUUCAGAUGUUCCCUCUGGACGUUUCUGGUAAUCUCGACUACAAGAAUCUCUGCUAUGUGAUCACACAUGGAGAAGAAAAAGAGCAGGAAUGAGGAGACCAGGGACUAAACUUUGAUUUGCCAUCACAUUCAUCAAUGUCAUUGUCAUUGGUACCUUUGUUACUGAAUAUGGUCCUUGAGAUUUGAAGACUAGAACAAUGUAUAUUUGGUGCUGUAACUCUGAAGAUGUAUAAAGACAUUUUGGAUUGUACACAGA